AAGCAGUUAUAUCAGAUAAUUUUGAUAUAAGACUAAUGAUAUUUCUCCUGCGUACACUUGCAAACAUUGAGGUUGGAGAUUUAUACCCAGUUUAUUCUGAUACAACAAUAGGCGCAAUGCUUUCCAGGAUUCAAUGCAUAAGAAAUGAAACAUUUCGGAACUGUAAAGGACAACUCUCAGGAUAUACUUUCAAUAAAUUCUGGGAUGAAAUUGGACAGGCAGUAUUGAAGUUGGUAUCGUUUCAUCGAAGUGACCUAGGGAAUAAUCAAGAGAAAACACGAUUGAUUGGUAAGAAUAAAAUGUUAUUCAACGUUUAGUACAGUAUGAGUUCAAAAAUUAAGAAUAGUUAGAAAGUUUUUUUUUCACUGCAAAACUUACUAUAAAUGUUUUAUAUAGAUAUGUUGUAUUUAUUUUUAUUUACUUUAGACAGACUUCUUGUGUUGAACCCUAUAAACAUCGACACUAAAUCAUUGCGUAUAUUUAUUUAUAUAUCUGAAAGAUGUCCUGGUAUAAUACUUCACCAAUUUAUUUCUGAGUAUUGCGUGUCAAAAUCAAUAACAAUAGAAGACCUACUUAAACAAGAAAAACACCAACUUUAUCAUAAACGCAUCAAAAAUGAACCAUGCUGUAUAUGCAGGACAGUCUCGACCUACAAUAGAGUUAUUCCGGAAAAGCAGUGGAAAGCAUUGUAUGAGGGAAAUGACGGUAGUUAUUCGCAUUCCUGCUUAUCUGAGCGUAAAUUAUGCAUCGAACGUUUUACUCCAAAAAAGAUAACAACAUUGGAUUUACCAGACUCAAGAGCUUUGAUUCUUAAUAUACCAGAUAUUUUGACUUAUAUGAUUGGUCGUCUAAACAUUAAGAAAUGUAGUCAGUUUCUGCUACGUAACCAGCAUGUUAUAUAUCAUUCUAUGAUUGGGGAAAUGUGUUGCAAAUGUGAUAAAGUACCUACUGAAAAAAUAAUUAUCAACAUAGAGGAAUGGAACAAACUCUUUAAAAGAGAAGAACAUACAUCUUGCAAGACCGGAAGCAAGAUUUGUUGCUGUCAGUACUCAGUAAGAAAUGGAAUUAAAUUCAAAAAUAUUGAGGACAUUUGUUUGUUCAAAAUUUUUACCAUUGCUGGUCCUAUUGGUGUUCUUAACAAUAUUGAACAAAAUGCACUUUUAUACUUUCUAAAUUGGACUGCUGAUGCAAAACCAUUACGAAAAGCGUUAACAUACCUAUUAAACAUGAUAAAAGAUAAAAUGUUUUCCGCAAGCAUAUCAUCCUUCAUACCUCCGGAGUCGGGAGAAACUUCAUCGAAAGAAUUAGAUUCAAGUAGGUGGAUUGCUCGACAUUUGCGAAAACAAGAGACAACAGCAGAACAACAACUUCAAAUUCUGAUACGCGAUGAAGAUCGGCUGAUCGUAAGAAGUGUACUGAUCCCUAAAGAUUUUUCUCCACCUUUAAGAAUGCAAGUAUCUCGUUAA